GCAGACAUUGUCGCCUUUGCUGGACGUGACGCCACCUACUUCCUUAGUAACAAGAAGGUAUACUUUGAAAUGUUGGCUGGCCGCUAUGAUGGACGUGUCUCUUCUGCGAGUGAGACCCUCUUCAACCUUCCCCCUCCUUUCGCCAACAUUACGGUGCUUGAGGCUAUGUUUGCAGCCAAGGGGCUCAACCUCGAUGAGAUGGUCACCCUAUCCGGCGCACACACUAUUGGGAUCUCCCACUGCUCGUCCUUCGGUGACCGUCUCCCGCGCAAUUCCUCCGACCCAAUGGCCAUGAACCCUAGGUUUGCUAGCUCGGUGACAAGGAUGUGCAAGAGCGCUAGCUCUACGGUGGAUCAAGACUUCAAGACCCCUAAUAAGUUGGACAACCAAUACUACAAGAAUGUGCUUAACCAUGAAGUUUUAUUCACGUCGGACGCCGCGCUUGAGUCAUCCAAGACAAAGAGAUUGGUGAAGCAGAAUCGUGUCCCGAAUGUGUGGGAAACAAAGUUCAAACAAGCCAUGAGAAAGAUGGGCGGCAUCGGGGUGAAGACCAGAGCAAAUGGGGAGAUUAGAAAGAACUCCCGGCUCAUCAACUAG